CUGUCACUUCGAGACCAUCUAAAGUCAUCGACGGAGAGAAGACGUAGUUUGUUGGCACUUAAUCAAAGUAAACAAACUACAAACAUAUUUUUCCACUCCUUAGACAUUUAGACAAGGACUCUGCACUUAAUCUGAGGCAAAAUAGACACUGGUUACUCGGAAAAGCUGAAGAGGGGUGUGACUGAUCUCAGAUCAGAGCCACACGAGCGUCAAGCUGCCUAUACAGAGGGCACUGCGCCAGGCUAUGUGCCAUCUAAAGCCAGUGACAAAGAAAAAAUCGGAAAAGAUUGUAAAAAGGUAGACGGCCGAGGGGGUGAAUCGUGUAGAUUGACACGAGUAACCAAACCCCUAAGCGAGGAGAAGAAACAGCCUUUGUUGCCCUCCAGAUUAUGUGAGAGUGCACUACAGCUGAUGCUAGACUCUGAGAAAAUGUGCGGAAGGGGCAUGAUAUGCCAAUGGGAGGUCUACAGCGGUGAAACCUCCGUCAAGGAGAGCGAAAAACACAAGAGCGAGUCGAGGAGAAGCAACGGAGGUGCUAAACACAAGUGGCACAAAUGGGGAAGGAGGCCAGCAAGAAGGACAGAAAUGCGCAGACAUCGAGCGAGAUUGUCUCGGUGGUCUGGCACUCUGCUCUCAUUGCGUCCUGCCAAUGUUCAAGGCAACCGAGCGCCUGGCAUGAGGGCGCCCAGGAACACCAACCAGUUCCUCAUGCAUGAGAAGUACCAGAUGAUGCACAUGCGAUCAGACUCAGUGGGCACCGACAGUGGCUCCGACUGCGAAAUGGACUUCGCGGAUAUGGACUCGUACCUAGGCGUGCUGGAGAACGCUAGAGGCGCACUGUUGGACAGUCCAGACCUGCCUUCGCCACCCACAUUUUAUGCACGACAGAUGAAGCAAUGCCAGCCGUUUUCAGUCUUCGGGUUCGAUCAAGACGAAAGCAUGCAGUAUUUCCCUUCGGAAGACGACGUCAUGCAGAGCGAGGACUUCAUGCAAAGGGACUUCAAAGAAUUCUGUGACACUGUGGCGCCAUGUAUUUAGGCACCUGCCACAGGUAACACGUUUACAUCAUGGUUUUUCCAACUGUUAAGUCUGUUUUUUGCAAUGUGAGGCAUUGUUUUGUUUGUUUGUCCUGUGAUGUAUUAUGAGGGGGGUGAAAAGGGUCCAAAGUAGGAGUGAGACCAACCAGCCAAUCAUCAUCGAGAUCAUUUGAAGCACUCAUGACAAAACAUAACAGCGGUUUGUAAUGCAAACUAAAUCUUAUGUGAAUGUUUUUUCAUAAUAAAUGAUCAUUUUGCUACA